ACGCGCCUAUUUUCAGUAGUUGUCAGCAGUCAACGCACUUUUCUGUCAUCAGCUGUGGUCAUCAUCAAAUUUUUGGGCAAAAAUUUGAUUCAAUGAUAUUAUUUACAUUCCCAGCUAACGAAUAAAAAUCAUGGCUGGAUCAGCGCUAAGGCGCCUCAUGGCUGAAUAUAAACAGCUGACCCUAAAUCCUCCAGAGGGCAUAAUAGCCGGUCCUAUCAAUGAAGAAAACUUCUUCGAGUGGGAGGCACUAAUAACUGGUCCCGAAGGAACAUGCUUUGAGGGUGGAAUAUUUCCAGCGAAACUAGUCUUCCCCCCGGACUAUCCUCUCAGCCCUCCUAAAAUGCAGUUUAUUUGCGAAAUGUUUCAUCCAAACAUCUACGCUGAUGGCCGCGUAUGUAUAUCAAUUCUCCACGCGCCUGGUGAUGACCCCAUGGGCUAUGAGAGCAGUGCCGAGCGCUGGUCCCCGGUACAAAGUGUAGAGAAAAUAUUACUCUCCGUUGUCAGCAUGCUCGCUGAACCUAAUGACGAAAGCGGUGCUAACGUGGAUGCAGCCAAAAUGUGGAGAGAGGAUCGUGAACAGUUUAACAAAAUUGCCGAGCGACUUGUUAGGAAAACCCUGGGUUUGCCUCCGCCGUAAUAUCAUAGCAAUAGGGUCGAAUUUGACCACUUUUCUGGGAGAUGGUGAUUUUAACUUAUUGAUUCUAUAAGCGAUGUUUAGAAAUCUUAUAGAUAGCUUAUAUAUACCUUUUAGCGAACCUAUGGCGUUAAUGUGAAAUUAUGCAAUUCAGCCGUGAUU